AUGAGUCAUUCUUGCGUGUUGAUCCCUCCCGCGGCGUGCGACGACUCCACGGCCGCUCUUGCCGCGCCGCUUCUCCCCACCGCCUCUCGGGCCGGCGGCAAGGAGUGCUCCGGCGCAGAGCCGGCGAGCGCAGCCGCGGGCGGCGGCGGCGGCGGGCACGGGGAAAAGCGAGGGUUGAAGCGAUCGCUGAAUGUCGUCGAUGGCGUCUGGCGUCAUGCUCGUGGACUCUCACUCCUCCCAACCCCUCAUUCCUACCAUACAUCUCCUCCCUCCCCCUCUCCUUCCUCCUCCUCUCUCUCUUUCCCCUUCAUGCUGCAGCAUGGUGCUGGGCGUGGUGGUGGGCAGCGGCAUAUUCGCCACGCCCGGCCUUUUGCUGCUCCUGGAAACAUGGUGCUGGGAGUGGUGGUGGGCAGCGGCAUAUUCGCCACGCCAGGCGUCGUGCUCCUUGAUUCCGGAGGCACGCCGAUUUCCGCGCUCAUCUGUGGCUCUGCGCCGGCAUCGUUGCCUACUCCUGCUGCGAGCUCCAUACCGCACGCGGGCGGCGACGGGGAGUACAUCCAGCUGGCGUUCGGAGAUCUGCUCUCGUUUGUCUUCAUGUGGAUGUUCUUUUUCGUCUCUACUGGCGGCGGCAUCGCCAUCCUUAUAGUCACAUUCGCCCGAUACACCAUCGCUCUGCUCCCGGGCAUGCACGGCGCGAGCGAGGAGCACAGGGAGCUGAACCUCCCAGGCAUGCAGGGUGCGAGCGAGGAGCAGAUGGAGAUGGGCGUGCGAAUCAUCGGCUGCUCCUUCACUCUCCUCCUCACUGCCAUCAACUGUGCCGGUACGCGCUGUAGCCACCAACUCUAUCACCCGCUCCCCUUGUCACGUGCCGGCGAGCCACUCUCCUCCCCCUCUCUGAAUCAUCGGCUGCUCCUUCACUCUCCUCCUCACGGCCAUCAAAUGCGCUGGUAUGUGCUUAACUGCCCUGCUGCACCCACCACUGGUGCCUGCUCUCAUCCGCCUGAUCACCCACUCUUGUACCACUCCUCCAUCCCCUGUCCGAACCAUCGCCUGCUCCUUCACUCUCCUCCUCACUGCCAUCAACUGCGCUGGAGUGAAGGCAGGCGCGUUGGUGCAGAACAUUCUCACAGUCACCAAGGCGCUCCUCAUAGCAGCAGUGGUGGCCUGUGCGCCCAUCUUCAUCUCCCUCCACGGCACGGCUGUAGCCGCUACAGACUUCUUUCCCUCCUCCGCUCCUUCCAGCUGACUUUUGAGUCGACUCUCAUUCUCACCAUUCUCCUCCCCCAUGCAGGAGUGAAGGCAGGCGCAUUGGUGCAGAAUAUCCUAACAGUCACCAAGGCGAUCCUCAUAGCAGCGGUUGUAGCCUGUGCGCUCUUCAUCUCUCUCCACGGCACGGCUGAGUCAAAGCAGGCACGUUGGUGCAGAAUAUCCUCAGUCACCAAGGCACUCCCAAUAGCAGCGGUUGUGGCCUGCGCGCCCAUCUUCAUCUCUCUCCACCUUCCCCUCUUCGACCCCCCCCACAUACACCACUGCAGGAGUGAAGGCUGGGGCGUUGGUGCAAAACAUUCUCACAGUCACCAAGGCACUCCUAAUAGCAGCGGUUGUAGCAUGCCCGCCCAUCUUCAUCUCUCUCCACCUCUCUCUCCUCCCUGCACACAACCCCAACCCAAUCUCACAGGAGUGAAAGCAGGCGCACUAGUGCAGAACAUACUGACAGUCACCAAGGCGCUCCUCAUAGCAGCAGUGGUGGCCUGCGCGCCCAUCUUCAUCUCCCUCCACGGCACGUCUGCAGCCGCUACAAACUUCUUCCCUCCUCCUCUCCUCAUUUCCCACCACCCUCCCCUUAUUUCCCACGUUCUUCUCCCCUGUGCAGGAGUGAAGGCGGGGGCAUUGGUGCAAAAUAUCUUAACAGUCACCAAGGCGCUCCUCAUAGCAGCAGUGGUGGCCUGCGCGCCCAUCUUCAUCUCCCUCCACGGCACAUCUGUAGCCGCUACAAACUUCUCCCAGCCGCUCCCACCUCUCUCCGGCUACAACUGGAGCCGCGCCGGGGCCGGCCUCGUGGCUGCUGUCUGGGCCUUUGACGGCUGGUGA